AUGACCACCCCUUCGCUGGGAGCAGGUCAGCCUGCCCUGGCCCCCAACGGCCAGGUCGCCCUCUACCCCCCCGCCACGAGCCCGCCUCUCGGUCAAGAGGACAGCACCGAGAUGGUCCUCGAGCUCGCCGACGGUUCCGCUUACCGCGGUAUCAGCUUCGGUGCCGAGGGCAAGUCCAUCUCCGGAGAGUGUGUCUUCCAGACUGGUAUGGUCGGCUACGUCGAGUCGAUCACUGACCCCUCGUACGAGGGUCAGAUCCUCGUUCUCACCUUCCCUCUCGCCGGCAACUACGGUGUUCCCAGCCGAGAGGAGGCCGCCCAGAGCAUCCAGAAGCUGCUGGCAUCCCCCUUCGAAUCGAGCCGCAUUCACGUGGCCGGUCUCGUCGUGUCGUACUACAGCCACGAGUUCAGCCACUACCUCGCCCAGACCGGUCUCUCGGACUGGCUCAAGGAGAGCGGCGUCCCCGCCGUCUACGGCAUCGACACUCGCGCCCUGACCAAGAAGAUCCGAAACCAGGGUAGCAUGCUCGGCAAGCUCCUCACGCCCCAGCCCGGCGCCUCCAUCGUCCAGGCCGCCGCUGCCGGCAACUGGCGCCAGGCCAUCGUCGACCUCCCCUUCGCCGACCCCAACGCCGAGAACCUGGUCGCUCGCGUCUCGUGCAAGAAGCCCCAGCUCUACACCCCGGCCAACACCGCCUCGGGCGAGUCGCUCGGCAAGUUUGACGCUCCCCUCCUCCAUCCCUCCGGUCGCCCCAUCCGCAUCCUUGCGCUUGACGUCGGUAUGAAGUACAACCAGAUCCGAUGCUUCACCUCGCGUGGCGUCGAGCUCAACGUCGUCCCUUGGGACUACGACUUCCUCGCCGACGUCGGCUCCUUUGACGGUCUCUUCAUCUCCAACGGUCCCGGUGACCCGGUCUCGUGCGGCCCCACCAUCGCCCGUAUCGCCGAGCUCCUCAAGCGCAAGGGCGCCGACAUGAUCCCCAUCUUUGGUAUCUGUCUCGGUCACCAGCUGCUUGCUCUCGCCGCCGGUGCCCAGACCGAGAAGCUCAAAUUCGGUAACCGUGGCCACAACAUCCCCUGUACCGACCAGAUCAGUGGCCGCUGCUACAUCACCUCCCAGAACCACGGUUUCGCCGUCAACGCCGACACCCUCCCCCUCGGCUGGAAGGCCCUCUUUGCCAACGCCAACGACGACACCAACGAGGGUAUCUACUCGACCGAAGGCCCUUACUUCAGUGUCCAAUUCCACCCCGAGAGCACUCCUGGUCCUCGUGACACCGAGUUCCUCUUCGAUGUCUUCAUUCGCAGUGUCGUUGACUGCGCCGCCGUCAAGGCCGCUCCUGGCGCCACCCCCGCCACCAUCCUGCCCCCCGUCGGCUUCACCGGUGGUAUCCACGCCGAGAACGCCGCCAAGACUCCCCGUGUCAACGUCCGCAAGGUGCUCGUCCUCGGCUCCGGUGGUCUCUCGAUCGGCCAGGCCGGUGAGUUCGACUACUCCGGUUCGCAAGCCAUCAAGGCGCUCAAGGAGGAGGGCAUCUACACCGUGCUCAUCAACCCCAACAUCGCCACCAUCCAGACCUCCACCGGUCUCGCCGACAAGGUCUACUUCCUCCCCGUCACCCCCGAGUUUGUGCUCAAGGUCAUCGAGCACGAGCGACCGGACGGUAUCUACUGCACCUUUGGUGGUCAGACCGCGCUCAACGUCGGUAUCAAGAUCAAGGACGAGCUCCCCAAGAUGGGUGUCAAGAUCCUCGGUACGCCCAUCGACACCAUCAUCACCACCGAGGACCGCGACCUCUUCGCCAAGGCCAUGGAGGAGAUCGGCGAGAAGUGCGCCCCUUCGGCCGCCGCCAAUAACUGGGACGAGGCGCUCGCUGCCGCCAAGUCGAUCGGCUUCCCCGUCAUCGUCCGUGCCGCCUUCGCCCUCGGCGGUCUCGGCUCCGGUUUCGCCAACGACGUCGAGGAGCUGCGCAAGCUCUGCGCUGCUGCCUUUGCCAACUCGCCCCAGGUGCUCGUCGAAAAGUCGAUGAAGGGCUGGAAGGAGGUCGAGUACGAGGUCGUGCGUGAUUGCCGCAACAACUGCAUCACCGUCUGCAACAUGGAGAACUUUGACCCGCUCGGUAUCCACACGGGUGACUCGAUCGUCAUUGCCCCCUCGCAGACGCUCAGCGACGACGACUACAACAUGCUCCGAACCACCGCCGUCAACGUCAUCCGUCAUCUCGGUGUCGUGGGUGAGUGCAACAUCCAGUAUGCGCUCAACCCGCACAAGCGCGAGUACUGCAUCAUCGAGGUCAACGCCCGUCUCUCGCGAUCCUCGGCGCUCGCCUCCAAGGCCACCGGAUACCCGCUCGCCUUCAUCGCUGCCAAGCUCGGUCUCAACAUCCCGCUCAACGAGAUCCGCAACAGCGUGACGCGCGAGACUAGCGCCUGCUUCGAGCCUUCGCUCGACUAUGUCGUCACCAAGUUCCCCCGAUGGGAUCUGCGCAAGUUCGUCCGCGUCAGCAGCAAGCUUGGCUCUUCGAUGAAGAGUGUCGGCGAGGUCAUGAGCAUCGGCCGCACCUUCGAGGAGUCGAUCCAGAAGGCCAUCCGAUCCAUCGACUACCAGUACGACGGUUUCAGCGCCAACGACGUCGUCGCCGACGACGAGAUCGACGAGGAGCUCACCAACCCCACCGACAAGCGCAUGUUCGCCAUCGCCAACGCCAUGGCCAAGGGCUACUCGGUCGACAAGAUCCACAAGAUGAGCAACAUCGACCGCUGGUUCCUCAGCAAGCUCAUGCGCAUCAUGAACGCCCACAAGGUGUUUGGCACCCACAACGCCGCCAGCUUCCCGCCCGCCAUGCUCCGUCAGGCCAAGCAGCUCGGAUUCUCGGACAAGCAGCUCGCCAAGGCGCUCAACUCGACCGAGCUCGCCGUGCGCAAGCUGCGUCAGGAGCACGCCAUCAUGCCCUUCGUCAAGCAGAUCGACACGGUCGCCGCCGAGUUCCCCGCCUACACCAACUACCUCUACACCACCUACAACGCUGUCGAGCACGACGUCAACUUCAGCGACAAGGGUGUCAUGGUGCUGGGCUCCGGUGUCUACCGCAUCGGCUCGUCGGUCGAGUUCGACUGGUGUGCCGUGCGUGCCAUCCGCACGCUGCGUCAGCGCGGCUUCAAGACGAUCAUGGUCAACUACAACCCCGAGACCGUCUCGACCGACUACGACGAGGCCGACCGUCUGUACUUUGAGAACAUCUCGCUCGAGACCGUGCUCGAUAUCUACGACACGGAGCAGUCGUCCGGUGUGAUCAUCUCGAUGGGUGGCCAGACGCCCAACAACAUUGCGCUGCCGCUCCACCGCCAGAACGUCAAGAUCCUCGGCACCUCGCCCGAGAUGAUCGACAUGGCCGAAAACCGAUACAAGUUCUCGCGCAUGCUCGACAAGAUCGGCGUCGACCAGCCCAUGUGGAAGGAGCUCACUAGCUUCGAGGAGGCCCAGUCCGCCUGUGCCCGCUUCGGCUACCCCGUCCUGGUGCGUCCGUCGUACGUGCUCAGUGGUGCCGCCAUGAACGUCGUCUACUCGCCCGAGGACCUCAACAGCUACCUCUCGCAGGCCGCCGCCAUCAACCGCGAGCACCCCGUCGUCAUCACCAAGUACCUCGAGGGCGCCAAGGAGAUCGAGAUGGACGCCGUCGCCAAGGACGGCAAGAUGAUGAUGCACUACGUCUCCGAGCACGUCGAGAAUGCCGGUGUGCACUCGGGUGACGCUACGCUCAUCCUGCCUCCUCAGGACCUCGACCCCGAGACGGUGCGCCGCAUCGAGGUGGCCACCGCCAAGAUCGCCGCCUCGCUGCACGUCACCGGUCCCUUCAACAUCCAGUUCAUCGCCAAGAACAACGACAUCAAGGUGAUCGAGUGCAACGUCCGCGCUGCGCGAUCGUUCCCCUUCGUCAGCAAGGUCACCGGUAUCGACGCCAUCCAGAUGGCCACCGACAUCAUGCUCGACCUGCCCGUCGAGGCGUACCCGAAGGUGGACCUGCCGCGCGACUACGUCGGUGUCAAGGUGCCGCAGUUCUCGUUCAGCCGUCUGGCCGGCGCCGACCCCAUUCUUGGUGUCGAGAUGGCCUCGACCGGUGAGGUGGCCUGCUUCGGUCGCAACAAGUACGAGGCGUACCUCAAGGCGAUGAUCGCCUCGGGUAUCCGCCUGCCCACCAAGAACGUGCUGCUUUCGAUCGGCUCGUUCAGCGAGAAGCAGGAGCUGCUGCCUGCGGUGCGAACGCUGCACCAGCUCGGCUUCACCCUGUACGGAUCCUCGGGCUCGGCCGACUUCUACUCGGAGCAGGGCAUCCCCGUCAUCCACCUCGAGGCUCUGCCCGAGGACGACGAGUCCAAGUUCGAGGACACGACCAAGGCAUCCUACUCGCUGCUCACGCACUUGACAUCGGGUCUGUCGUCGCUCUUCAUCUCGCUGCCGAGCAAGAACAAGUACCGACGACCGGUGUCGUUCACCUCGAUGGGUUACCGUGCGCGACGACUGGCGAUUGACCGUUCCAUCCCGCUGAUCACCAACGUCAAGAACGCCAAGCUCUUCGUCGAGGCGCUCGCCCGUCACCGCAAGGCCGGCUCGAACUUCGACAUCUCCCCUGUCGACUUCAAGACUAGCCACACCGCCUUCACGCUGCCCGGUCUCAUCAACGUCAACACGUUUGUGCCCAGCAUCGCCGACGGCAAGGUGAGCACGGACGAGCUGGCUGCCAUCACGCGCGCCUCGAUCGCCGGCGGCUUCACCACGCUCCAGGUGAUGCCCGUUGGUGUGUCGUCGAGCAUCGUGGAUGCCGCUUCUCUGGCCACGGCCGAGAGCAAGAUCGUCGAGGGUGCGCACUGCGAUGUGUCGCUCGGUGUUUCCGCGACGUCGGACAACGCCGAGACUAUCGACGAGCUGGCUGACGGCGCGCGCUCGCUGCUCAUCUCGUUCAACGGCCUUGGCUCGAACGUGCACAAGGCGGCGACCAUCGCCUCGCACUUUGCCUCGUGGCCCGCGGACCGCCCGAUCGUGACGGACGCCCGCAACACCGAUCUCGCUUCGGUGCUGCUGCUCGCCAGCCUCAACAACCGCUCGAUCCACGUGACCAACGUGCUGUCGCGCGACGACAUCCAGCUGAUCGCUCUCAGCAAGGCCAAGGGUCUGCAGGUGACGUGCGACGUUGCCGUGUACGCUCUCUUCUUCACCACCGAGAUGUACCCGCAGGCUACUUGCCUGCCCUCGGCGGACGACCAGAAGGCGCUGUGGGAGAACCUGGAGGACAUCGACAUGUUCUCGAUCGGCAGCACGCCGUACCAGCUGGCCAAGGAGAUCGGCGAGGUGGCUGCGCCCGAGGCGGGUAUCGAGGAGACGCUGCUGCUGCUGCUCGAUGCGGUCAACGAGCGCCGUCUGACGCUGGACGACAUUGUGAGCAGGCUGUACACCAAGCCCAAGCAGGUGUUCGGCGUUCAGUCGCAGGCCGACACGCAGGUCGAGGUGGAGAUCGACCGCCCGACCGCAUUCGUGCGCCGCGACUAUUGGUCGCCGCUCGAGUCGCGCGCCACGGUGGGCUCGAUCAACCGCGUGACGCUCAAGGCCAAGACGGUUUUCGUGGAUGGCGAGGUGCUUUCGGACGCCUCGCUCGGCAGCAACGUGAGCAACGUCGCGAUGGUUGCCAAGCAGGCCAAGUCGGCUGGCCGCCGCGUGUCGUUCUCGGCUGCCACUGCGGGCGCCUCGACGACUCCGGGUGUCUCGGCUCAGGAAGCGCCUACGUCGCCUACGCCGCUCUCGCUGGCGCUGCGAUCGCCCGUGCUGGGCGCAAGCACCGAUUCUCAGCCGCGCAGCGGCAGCCUGAUGGCUGCCUUUGCCAACGAGUCUACGGCGCUGACGUCGGUGCCGGCUCCUUCGAUCGGGUCGGUGCUGUACCACCCGACGUUCGCUCGCCGCCACAUCCUGUCGGUCAAGAGCUUCACUCGUGAAGACCUGCACGCGCUCUUCUCGGUGGCUACCGAGAUGCGCAUGCUGGUGGAGCGACAGGGCUCGGUGGAUCUGCUGCGCGGACGUGUGCUGGCUACGCUGUUCUACGAGGAGUCGACGCGCACGUCGUGCUCGUUCGAGGCGGCCAUGCUGCGCCUUGGUGGACAGGUGGUCAAGGUGCAGCCGGACAAGUCGUCGGUGCAGAAGGGCGAGUCGAUCCCCGACACGAUCCGCACGCUGGGCUGCUACGCGGACGCGGUGGUCAUGCGCCACCCGGAGGCGGGCAGCGUGCACCUGGCGGCCAAGCACUCGCCCGUGCCUGUGAUCUCGGGCGGCGAGUCUUCGAUCGAGCACCCGACGCAGGCGCUGCUCGACACGUUUGCGAUCCGCGAGGAGAUGGGUACCGUGGCUGGACUGACGAUCACCAUGGUGGGCGACCUCAAGUACGGACGCACGGUGCACAGCCUUGUGCAGCUGCUGUGCCUGUACGGCGUGACGGUCAACUACGUCAGUCCCGAGUCGCUCAAGAUGCCCGAGGAUGUCAAGCAGACGGUGGCGCGCAAGGGCAUCAAGCAGUACGAGUCGACGGUGCUGAGCGACGACAUUCUGGCGCGCACCGACGUGCUGUACGUGACGCGCGUGCAGAAGGAGCGCUUCCCGGACCUCUCGGCGUACGAGGCGGUCAAGGACAGCUACGUGGUGGACAACGCCACGCUGGCCAAGUGCAAGCCCAGCACGAUUGUGCUGCACCCGCUGCCCAAGAACAAGGAGCUCGCCGACGACCUCGAGUACGACCCGCGCGCGGCGUGGUGGCGCCAGGUCAAGUACGGCAUGUACAUCCGCAUGGCGCUGCUUGCCAUGGUGCUCCACCAGCGCGCCUAA